AUGUCCUCUAAAAAUCGUAAUAGAAUAAAAACUCUGGCUUAUUCACAAACAGACCUGGAAAGUGCCUUAAAAGAUAUAAGAGAAAGAGGACACGGUAUUAGAGAAACAUGUAAAAAAUAUAACAUCCCAAGAUCUACAGUACAAGACAGACUAAGAGGCAAAAGGACUGAUAUACUAAAAAACCUAGGACCCGAACUGGUUUUAGGGAUAUCCAUGGAGAAAGUCCUACAAUGGAUUAUCAAAAUUGCUAAAUGUGGUUUUCCUGUCAAAAAACAGGAACUACUAGACACUGUACAAAAAAUUCUUAAAGAUUAUCAGAGACCUAAUCCAUUUAAAGAUGAUCGUCCUGGUCAAACCUGGUAUUCAGGCUUUCUUAAAAGAAACCCAGAAAUCUCAAGCUGGUUCAUGAUGAGUUCCCUACUGACGGAUCGAAUUAUAGAAGAAUGUCUAGAACAAGAAGAUAGUGAAGAAGAAAAUGUGUCAGAAAUAGAAGAUUUUGAGGAGCAUAGUGAUCAUGAAAGCGGAACAGAGCAAGAAGCAAGUGAUUCAGAUGGGUCUUCAGUGUCGGAAGAGAGUUUUCCUUCGAAUUUACAAAUUGAGAAUACUGAAGAUGAAGAAUAUUUAGAGGAUGUACCGCUUAAAAAUUGUGAGCAAACGGGUAUUACAAAUCAAGAUCUGGUUUCCACGCGAAAGGUGAUACGGCAUUUAGAACCAGUUCUCCGUAAGAAAAAUGUAGAUAUCAAGUUUAUUUUGAGAGAAGUGAAGAAGUUAAGAAAGACAGAGACCAGACAGUCAGAAGUUUUGUAUGAAACUGGAUCUGAGGACCGAUCUAAUUCGACAGUUCAUUUAUCAACAUCUUCACUGAUAGACAGUGAAACAAAUUUGAGUAAGGCAAAUCCUGCGACCAUUACCUCUAUGCCACAAACUGUUAAUCCAGUUAAAGAUAGCGAUCCAGCAUCAGUUAUCGAUGGGUCAGGUUUGAACAACAUGCAUUACGCGGAUGAACAGUUGUUGCCUCCGCCUAUUAAAGAAAAUAUUUUAUUACAAGCAAAUACUUCCAAAGACAUUGCGAUAGAGGGAUGCGAUAAAUACAAUGUUUCUGAAUCUUUAUUAACUAAUUUGGAAUUGAAAGACCAAGAAGCCAUUAACAACCAAAUAAUUUCUAGGCAAGAUACAACAGAAAAUAUAAAUAUAGAAACCAGGCUCACGAGCUUUUAUUUAUCUUGCAGUUAUCUUGAUCAAGGUACUCUAGUAUCCUUAGAUGAUAUCGUAAUAGUACCUCUACAAUCAAGUACGCCAACAAGAAUAGAUUUUCAAGGUAUCACGUCGCCAGCAGUAGUUACAUUACCUCAUGUAAAAAACAAGGAAUCGUUGACCGAAUCUGAAAAACCUUACUCUGGAACAGAAGUUUUGUUCAAAACACCAAUAACAAUAGAAGAAAAUCAAUUGUGA